UUUAGUAGAUUUGAAAAUGCAGAUGAAAUUUUUUUCAAAAAAAUACUUCAUUACAAUUAUUACAAUUUACAUUAAUAAAUAAAAGGAAAGAAAAGUAGUACAUAAAGUAGAUUCGGCACAUAAAUUUUUAUUGUAUAAACCUUAAUUAUUAGUAGAAAUUAAUUAACACACUGGAGCUGAAGCAGAAAAACAAAAAAGAGUUUCUCAUAAAAGCACAAAAAUAAGGAAAAUAGGCAUAAUAAAUGGUACUAAAUUAAACAUAAAAAAAAACUAACAUACUAACAAAAACAACCAUAAAAAAAACAAAAUCAAGCUCUCUCUCGAAUCCAUUUCUUCUCUCUCUUUUGUUGGUUGGCUGGUGCGAAAUCCAACUCUCUCUCUCUCUCUCUCUCUCAGUUUUAAUUUUUUUUGUCUCUGCAAAAUUUGACCUGAAUCUGAUUUGCGGAGAUCUCAAAAACCCUAGAUCUUGCUCGAUUGGUUCCUGUAUUUCAUCUGAUUCGGGCGUUUAGCAGUUGGAUCUCGAUGCCUGCGUAACCGUUUCAGCUCGAAAUUCACGUAGAUCUUUCUUAAUUUUCUUUUCUUGAAAUUUUCGAGAGCAAAUUAUAGUAAAGCAUUUUAUUUUUGGGUUAUAAGAGCGCUAGGGUUUUCCGUUUUUUGUUUCAUUUGGUCGAUGGCUUCGAAUCCUCCAUUCCAGGUGGAGGAUCAGACGGAUGAAGAUUUUUUCGACAAGUUGGUUAAUGAUGAUGAUGAUGUCAACACGGGCCCCACUGCCUCUAAAUUCACGGAGGGUAACGACUCCGACGACGCUAGAGCCUUCGCUAAUUUAACAAUUGGCGAAGAUUCCGGCGGCGAGGCUGACAAUUAUGAUGAAAAGGAAAAGGAUCCUGUGCAUGCUGGUCCAGCAACGGCCAAUGCACACGCAGGUGAUGACGGUAAUGAUUCCUUAGGGCUUGACAAUAAUGUGACUGACUCGAAUAAUCAUGGCGAAGAAGGAGCAUGGUCAGAGGUUGGAUUCGAUCAGAAUUUAAGUGAGAAUGCUGGAUCUAUGAAUUCUGGGGUUAAGGAAGUAGGGUGGAAUUCGUUUUAUGCGGAUUCUAAGAACAAUGGGGCGUAUGGGUUCGGUUCGUAUGCCGAUUUUUUCAAUGAUUUAGGGGAGAAGUCCGCAGAGGAUUUCCCUGGUAAAGUGGAUGAAAUUGCAAAAAAGGGUGUAUUAGAUCAGAAUUCGGUUAGUAGUUAUGGGCAGUAUCUUGAUAGUGGCCACGUUUAUGGAACUUCUAGUGCAGAUAAUGGAAAUGAGCAAGAUAUGACUAGUAGUCAGUACUGGGAGAAUAUGUAUCCAGGAUGGAAGUAUGACGCAAAUUCAGAGCAGUGGUAUCAGGUGAAUGGUUACGAGGGGAACCUUCAAGGGUCUGCAGGUGGUGAUGGCAGUGGGACCACAGAUUUGAAAGUAGGGGCUUCUUAUUUGCAACAGACAGUUCAGUCUGUUCCGGGGACUAUGACAACUGUAGAGAGUGGUGCCACGAAGAGUGUCACAAGUUGGAAUCAGGUUUCACAAGUGAAUAAUGGGUAUCCAGAACAUAUGGUCUUUGACCCUCAAUACCCUGGUUGGUAUUAUGACACAAUUGCUCAAGAAUGGCGGGAAUUGGAGAGCUAUAAUGCCUCAGUUCAGUCAAUGGUUCAAGGUCAUGAUCAGCAGAAUCAAAAUGGUUUUGCUUCUACUGGUGGGAACUCUCAAAGUAACAGUACGUAUGGUGAAUAUGAACAAGGUGAUAAUUAUGGGUCAGGCCUUGGAAGCCCUGGUGAACAUGGUAAUUGGAGCAACUCCUAUGGUAACUAUAAUAGUCCAGGUUUGAAUAUGUGGCAACCUGGGACUGUUGCCAAAACUGAGUCAUUUUCUAGCAUUGGUGGAAACGAGCAAUCAGAUACGUCUUUUGGUUCGAAUAUGCCUGUGAACAACCAUGUAAGUCACUUCAAGUCAUCCUAUAAUUCUUUGCAGGAAGUUCAGUCACUUAAUAAUGCUAAUCAGGUUCAUACUGAGGCCAAUGGGGUUAUUGGGUUAAGAAGCUUUGUUCCUAGUGAAAACUUCAACCGCCAGUUUAAUCAGACAAAUUUAAAGCAAAAUGAGCAAAUGCAUUUCUCAAAUGAUUUCUAUGGAGGCCAGAAGUCUGUAAGUGUUGCCCAGCAGCCGCUUCAGAGUAGCCAGCAGUUUCCUUAUGCUUCCAAUACAGGGAGAUCAUCUGCUGGUCGUCCCCCGCAUGCACUUGUUUCUUUUGGGUUUGGUGGAAAACUCAUAGUAAUGAAGGAUGGUAGUCCUCUGCAGAACUCGCCAUUUGGUACCCAGGAUUCUGUAGGAGCCUCUAUCUGUGUUCUCAAUUUGUUGGAAGUCGUCAAUGGAAACACAAACGAUUCUGGUGCUGCACCAGCAGCUUGUAAUUAUUUUCGUACUCUGUGCCAACAAUCUGUCCCCGGUCCAUUGGUUGGUGGAAAUGUAGGCAGUAAAGACUUGAACAAGUGGAUUGAUGAACGAAUUGCCAGCUGUGAAUCACCUGACACGGACUACAGAAAUGGUGAAAUUUUAAGGCUGCUUCUCUCGUUGCUUAAAAUUGCUUGCCAGCGUUAUGGAAAACUUCGGUCUCCUUUUGGUGCUGACACUCUCUUGAAGGAAACUGAUACUCCAGAAUCAGCUGUUGCUAAACUCUUUGCAUCUGCAAAGAGGAAGGACACACCUUAUGGUGCUAGUAGCCACUGCCUGCAGCAAUUGCCUUCUGAAGGACAGAUUCGGGCAACUGCUUUUGAGGUUCAGAAUCUUCUGGUUUCUGGUCGAAAGAAAGAGGCUCUACAGUGUGCACAAGAAGGUCAGUUGUGGGGACCUGCACUUGUUCUCGCUUCACAACUUGGCGAUCAGUUUUACGCUGAUACUGUGAAGCAAAUGGCACUUCAUCAGCUGGUAGCAGGGUCUUCUUUACGGACAUUAUGCCUGCUAAUUGCAGGGCAACCAGCCGAAGUUUUUUCCAAAGGCACCACAGUUGAUAGCAUGGAUAUGUCUCGACAGCAUGUACAGUUAGGGGACAAUUGCAUGCUUGAUGAUUGGGAACAGAAUUUGGCUGUCAUAACUGCAAACAGAACCAAAGACGAUGAACUUGUAAUUAUUCAUCUUGGAGAUUGCCUGUGGAAGGAAAGAAGUGAGAUAAUUGCAGCGCACAUCUGUUAUUUAGUUGCAGAAGCAAACUUUGAGUCAUAUUCAGAUAGUGCUAGACUUUGUCUUAUUGGAGCAGAUCACUGGAAGUUUCCCCGAACCUAUGCUAGUCCAGAGGCUAUCCAGAGGACUGAGUUUUAUGAAUAUUCGAAGGUACUGGGGAACUCUCAGUAUAUCCUGCUACCAUUUCAGCCAUACAAGCUUAUAUAUGCACACAUGCUGGCUGAAGUCGGAAAAGUUUCAGAUUCAUUGAAGUACUGUCAAGCUGUAUUAAAGUCUCUGAAAACUGGUCGAGCACCUGAGAUAGAAACUUGGAAACAAUUAGUUUUAUCUCUUGAGGACAGGAUAAGAAUCCAUCAACAGGGGGGAUAUGCAGCAAAUUUGGUUCCUGCAAAAUUAGUUGGUAAAUUGCUGAACUUUUUUGAUAGCACUGCACAUCGUGUUGUGGGGGGUCUACCACCUCCUGCUCCGUCAGUACCAAAUGAAAAUUCUCAAGGUAACGAUCAUUUCAACCAACAAACCGGGCCUAGAGUAUCAGCUAGUCAAUCGACAAUGGCUAUGUCAUCUUUGAUGUCCUCUGCUUCAAUGGAGCCUAUAAGUGAUUGGGCAAGCAGGGUGGCUGAUGGCAAAAUGGCGAUGCACAAUAGAAGUGUUUCAGAGCCGGACUUCGGCAGAACUCCAAGACAGCACCGGGUUGAUUCAUCAAAGGAAGCAGGAGCAUCCACUGCACAGGGCAAAGCAUCAGGCUCAGUAGGGGCAUCUCGCUUUUCUCGUUUUGGUUUUGGCUCACAGCUUUUGCAGAAGACUGUGGGGUUAGUCUUAAGGCCUCGCUCAGAUAAACAGGCUAAGCUGGGUGAAAAGAACAAAUUCUAUUAUGAUGAAAAACUUAAGAGAUGGGUGGAGGAAGGUGCUGAACCUCCAGCUGAAGAAGCAGCCUUGCCACCACCUCCAACCACUGCAGGCUUCCAGAAUGGAAUGUCUGACUACAACUUGAACUCUGCAUUGAAGAGUGAGGGAUCUCCCCCGAACGGGAGCCCGACAUUCAGAAAUCCAACCCCAAUAGAGCAUGCUUCUGGGAUCCCACCUAUUCCUACCAGCUCCAACCAAUUCUCGGCCCGUGGCCGGAUGGGUGUGCGGGCAAGGUAUGUGGACACUUUCAACCAAGGUGGUGGUGGCCAAGCAAAUUUAUUUCAGUCACCUGCUGUUCCCUCUGUUAAACCUGCAGUGGCUGCUAAUGCAAAGUUCUUUAUUCCCACAGCUGCGUCGACGACUGAACAAACAAUGGAGGCAAUAGCAGAAAAUGCACAAGAAGAAAACACAACUAGUAAUAAUCCUACUACAUCCAAUGCCAAUGAGUCUUAUCAAUCUCCCGCACCAUCAUCAUCAAUGACCAUGCAAAGGUUCCCUAGCAUGGAUAAUAUUACUCGAAAAGGCAUUAUGACAAAUGCCAAUGGUUUUCCACCGCACUCACGGCGAGCAGCCUCUUGGAGUGGAAGCAACUUUAGUAAUGCAUUAAGUCCUCCUAGUGAGGCCGAAAUCAGUUCUUUUGGGGAGGCAUUGGGAAUGCCUCCAUCUUUGUUUAUGCCUGGUUCAAUGAAUGGUAGUUUUGGGGAUGAGCUACAUGAGGUAGAUCUUUGAACCAAGACUUGUCAAGAUGUAAAUAUUAAAGUUUUGCUCCUGCAAUCAUUGAAUACAAUACUCCUGAUAUUCCUGCUCCUGCAUCUUCCAAGUAUAGGACAAAAUGGCAGCACGCGCCGGUACUGGUUUGGUUAAAAUGGAAACACAAAUAUGUUCUUUUUCCUCUAAACAUCUUGAUCCCGCCUCCCAUUUUUUUUUAUUGUAUUUUGAAAUUCAGUUGCUUAUUUAGUUUUAUUAUUAGGUUUCAUCUGUACUUCCCAGGGUUCAAGGAGCCGGGGAAUUUUUUUGGUUACUGAAAAGCAACAAAAGCCUGAGAGCAGGCACCAUUGUACAGUAAUUUGUUCAUUUGUUGAAGAAUAGAAAUAUUUCUCGAGGUGAAAGAUUAGGAGUAAACUGCAAAGGGAUCCCCCCCAAGGGUAAAAAGGAUUGUGUACUGAUUUGCUAAAAAGAAAAAAUGUUCGCUCUUUUGUAUUGCUAGCUACAUUUGUAUGAUAUCAAUGAGAUGCUCUAGAAGGAUUUUCAGCUGAAACCAAAGUUUGAAUUUUUACAUUAACUGCUUGUUAUUAAGAAACCAAAGAAUUUUUUUCUAGGUACUACUACUUUCCCAUAAAGAAACAAAGAUAGAUCGUAGAGCUAAUUGAGUAUUUGUUCAAAUGUUAUGUAUGAUGGUUAAGACUGUUGUAGGUUGCAAAUUUAAAUGAUGCAUGUUAAUUAAGGACUGUUGGUGUUCGGAAGCUGUUGACAGUUGCGAGUCAGAGAGGAUUUAGAUUGCUUAAUAUUUUCCAGGAU